UUACUGAACAUGACACAAUGUCUGCUGGUAUAAAAAGCUAGGGCCACUCCUAUCGAGGCUCUACUGUGUGUCUGGAGGCUCCGGGGCUCUGCAGCGCGUAAAGGGAGGAGGCUGAGUGCAGAAACGGGAGAUAUAGCGUGAGAGAGACAGUGGAGAGGACAGGAUGGCCACCCUGGUACAAUCCGCAGAAAUGGAGACUUUAGGCGGUCAGAGCAGAACCGGGACGUCUCCCACAUCCGCCAAUCCCUCGCAGCACUUCAACGACAGCAAAUUUUACCUGCUGGUGGUGAUCGGGGAGAUCAUAACGGAGGAUCAUCUGAAGUGUGCCAUUGCGGACAUAGAGAGAGGGAUCCGCUCAUGGGACACCAACCUCAUCGACUGUAACCUGGACCAGGAGCUGAAGCUGUUUGUCUCCAGACACUCGGCUCGUUUCUCUGCAGAUGUCAAAGGACAGAGAAUUCUUCACCAUAAGAGUAAUAUACUGGAGACAGUGGUGCUCAUCAACCCUUCAGAUGAAGCAGUCAGCACCGAGGCUCGUUUGAUGGUCUCAGACACUGCCAGACACAAGCUUCUGGUUCUCUCUGGGCAAUGCUCUGAAAACAGUGGAGAGUUAAUCCUUCAGUCUGGAGCUUUCUCUUUCUUCAACUUCAUAGACAUAUUCACCGACCAAGAGAUUGGUGAAUUGCUCAGCACCAUUCACCCGGCAAACAAAGCCAACCUCACACUCUCCUGCCCUCAACAAGGAGAGUGGAAAAGCUCCAACCUGGACAAACACAACUUGCAGGACUUCAUUCACAUGAAACUAAACUCGACUCUCAUUCUCCCUGAAAUGGAGGGCCUCUCAGAGUUCACAGAGUAUUUAUCUGAAUCCGUAGAGAUCCCGACUCCUUUUGAAAUGUUAGAACCGCCAACCUCAGGUGGAUUCCUCAAACUCUCCAAACCAUGCUGUUACAUUUUCCCUGCCGGAAACGGUGACUCCGCCCUCUUUGCCGUCAACGGCUUCAACAUGCUCAUUAAUGGUGGCUCGGACAGGAAGUCGUGCUUCUGGAAGUUGGUGAGGCACCUGGACCGUGUGGACUCCAUCCUCAUGACCCACAUUGGUGACGACAACCUGCCAGGCAUCAAUAGCAUGCUGCAGAGGAAGGUUGCAGAGCAGGAAGAGGAGCAGUCCCAGGGUUCGACAGCUAACAGCGACUGGGUGAAGAACAUGAUCUCUCCAGAUAUUGGUAUUGUGUUUGUGAAUCUUCCUGAAAACCUGGACAACCCGGACCCGAAUUACAGAGUGCGAAGGAGCUUUGAGGAGGCAGCCUUCACUCAGCAGUUCCUCACCAAGCUAAAUUUGAGGUUAGAGCCUUUGCAGAGGCCUGUUGGAAACACUAUAGAACCACUGAUACUUUUUCAGAAAAUGGGCGUUGGGAAACUUGAGAUGUAUGUGCUUAAUCCAUCAAAGAACAGCAAGGAGAUGCAGCACUUUAUGAAGCAGUGGACAGGGACUGAAAAAGACACCGCCUCCAUUCUGCUGCCAAAUGGAAAAGAAUCCGAGUUCCCCGUCUCUUACUUGACUUCGAUCUCUUCGCUCAUUGUGUGGCAUCCCGCAAAUCCCUCAGAUAAGGUCGUGCGUGUUCUCUUUCCUGGAAAUGCCACCCAGCAUCAUGUCUUUGAAGGUUUAGAAAAACUGAAGCACUUGGACUUUCUGAAGCAGCCGGUUGUCACUCAGAAAGCGAUGUCUUCUAAUAUGCCGUCAACACCAACACUAAAGCAAGCUAAGAUGAAACACAGAACAGACAGCAAAGAGAGCCUCAAAUCUACCCCAAGGCCAUCACCAAGCAGAAGCAUCAGGAAGGAAUCAAAGGAGGAAGCCCCGGAAAAGGCAAAGACAGAUGCAGAAUCUUCUCAUGAAAAACCACAAAAGACUGAGAAAAAAGAAAAAGCCCCGCUGAAAAAGGCAAAGGCACCCGAGAAAGAAUCAAAGGCAAAGGCAGAGCAAACGGCCCAAAAUGAAACUCCAGAGAAAAAGAAGUCUGAAAUAAAACCCAAGGUGGAAAAGGUUGUAAAAAAGGAGACCAAAGUGUCUGUGGAAAAGAAAAAAGAAGUUAAGAAAGAAGUAGCAAAGAAAGAUGAUACACCCAAACAUGAAGUUAAAAAGGAUGAAAAAGUAAAGAAAGAGGAGGCAAAGAAGGUUAUCAAAAAGGAUAUCAGAAGAGACUCGCCUAUGAAAGAGAAGAAAGAAGAAAAGAAAGACUUAAAGAAAGAUGUCAAAAGGCCAGUUAAAGACAUAAAGAAAUCAUCCGCUGCGGGGGGGGAAAAGAGCCCAACACCAAAACCAAAGCCCCUGAAAAAAGAGGCUUCAAAGAAAGAUGUAGGAACACCAUCAAAAUUGAAAGACAAAGGAAAGCCAAAGGUGACAAAGAAGGAUACAAAAGAGGAAAGUGCCAAACUUGCAGUGAGUGCAGCUGCUGUUGCGGAGGAUCCAGAAGUAGUAAGAUCUCUGAUGUCAACACCAGAGGACCUCACUAAGGACUUUGAGGAACUUAAAGCUGAAGAGCUUGUGGAGGAUGAUGCAACUGUGCAACACAUCAAGGAAGAAGAGGCUGUGAUGAUCCACCGUGAAGAAAUAAUGCAGAACAAAGAGUCACCUGAGGCAUUAGAGUCUUUGGAUGAGGGUAUAACAACAACAGAGGUUGAAGGAGACAAUGAAGAGACUCCAGAAGAACAAGUUGUUAAGGGAAAACUCAUUGGCAGUGUAAGUGAGAAGUUUGAAGAUGAAGGCACUGUAAUGGAGGAGACAUCCGAGGGAGGGGAUUAUGAAGAGAAGGAAGAGAUGGAAGAAGUUUAUGAACCAAAUAAAGAUAAGCUUACUCCCAGUGAAGAUGAACACCAAGACCGAAAGGAUGAUGUUAAACAAGUGGAUAGUGUUAAAGAUGAUGACGAUGAUGUAACUUAUAAAAAUGAGGAAAGUCUUCACGUAAGUGAGAGACAGACCGAGAAACCGUAUCAGUUCCUUUCAGCAUCACCCAAAGUAUCCUCACCUGUUUCUCCAGCUGCAUCUAUCCAUGAAGAAAUGUUUCCGGUUGACUUUGAGAGCUCCACAACCUCGGAUGACGAGAACAGAGAUAAGCCCCCUGAAGAUUACACUGUCAGCUCUGGCCUUACUCAGUCCACUAUUGAGAUCUCUAGUGUGCCUACUCCAAUGGAUGAUAUGUCAACUCCUAAGGACAUUGCAAGCGACGAAAACAUCAAUGAUGAGUCUCCUUCACAGGACUUUGGCAGGUUUGCUAAAUCAGCAUCUGGGGAGUUCGAUGGGAAGAAGCCCUCUCCACUUCAGGAUUUGCCAUUGUCAGAUCACUCUCACAGUGAUCCCACAGAAGGCCAUGACUACAAUCACUCAGCUUCCACAAUAUCUCCCCCUUCACCUCUAGAAGAGGAUCAAUUCAAUAAAGGGUUUCUCACCGCAGGGAAACUUGAAGGGUUUGCAACAGCUAAAGAGUCAUGUGAAACAGACUCCACGAGACUGAGUUCAACUUCCAUCACAUCACCUCUUGUACGUUCUCCCUCAGUGGACCGCAAGGACAAUUUGGAUUCUCCAUCAGUGUUUGCUUCUCCAAUUGAACUGUCCACCACCAUGGCAGGGUCUCCAGCAGCAACAGUUGAUCCCUUCAUCAGCCCAGAGUCAGACAAGAUCUUGGAAGGAGCUAACUCACCUCAGUCCUCUGGUCACACACCUUACUUUCAGUCCCCAGUCGAUGAAAAGGCCGGAGCUAUACCACCUAUGUCAGAAGAUAAAGCACAGGGUCCAGUCAUUGUGGAGGUCACAAGUGAUAAAGAGGAGUCUUCCAAUAGAAGUACCCCUGAACCAGAAAGUUUCUCCGCUGUAGAGAAGGUAAUGUCCUCCUCAAAAAGCCCACCUCCAACUGAACCAGAUUCCCCAACAAAGAUGGAGAAGUCAGACUUCCAGAAAACUGGAGAUUCAAUCCUGUCUUCAGCACCAAUGUCCAAACAGGAAUCAGACACUAGUCCUUUUACAGCUUUUAAAGACGAGAGUAAAAUGUCCAUUUCAGAGGGUACCACAUCAGACAAGUCCGAAACUCCUCUGGAGGAGGUGGUAGCAGAAGAUACAUUUUCACAUUUAGCUUCAGCAUCCACCGCCUCGCUGGCCACCAGCUCUUUGCCAGAACCCACCACAGACUCUCCUUCCCUUCAUGCGGAGAUAGGAUCUCCUCACUCAACAGAAGUGGAUGACUCUUUCUCUGUCUCCAUGGUUCAGACUCCAACCGCCUUUCAAGAAGCUGAGGGAUCUCCAACCAAGGAAGAUAGCCCAAGGCCCAUGUCUAUCUCCCCAGACAUCUCACCAAAGAUGAAAAGCAGAACACAGGAUGCAAAAUCCCCAGAGCACUCCACCAUGUCAAUAGAGUUUGGCCAGGAUUCCUCUGACCACUCCUUAGCCCUGGACUUUAGUAAGCAAUCUCCAGAGCAUCUAUCUGCUGGGGGCACUUCACGUGCUACAGAAAAUGGCCCUACUGAGGUUGACUAUAGCCCUUCAGAGGGAACAGAUGAAAGACAAUCUGAAAACCGUAAUUCUGCAGCAGAGAAGCCUUUUCUUUUUGAAGAGAGUUAUUCAAUCCUUGCCACUUCUGCAACCCCAUCAGAUGCAUCUCAGUCCACUCCCUCUGUUACAACUCCUUGCCAGAUGACAGAGAUGCUACAUGCAACACCUGAGCAGACGGAUAAGUCUCCCGUCACCACAAAGGCAUCUUCUCUCACCCACUCUCCCCAUUCCAAUGAGCCAUCCCCAGUGCUGGGAAGUCCCUUGGCUAAAGACAGCUACAGCCCUAUUUCACCAUCUGUAGAGAGCAUAGCUAAUACAUCUGACACACAGCAGAAAUAUGACAAGUCACCCUCACCUCCCAAAGCUGCUUUCCCCUCAUCGACUUUUAGAUAUUCAAAAGAAGAUACCCUUUCCCCUGCAAAGGAGACUAAUCCCUUUAAAUGUGAGGAUUCAACACCUGAGGCAAAAUCCCCUGUGAGCCCAAAAGUCCCCUGUCCAUCAUAUCUACCUCUCUCCUCUGAUCCAUGUCAUUACAAUUCGGCCUGUGGCUCCAGAGAUCCUGACUCUAUUAAGAAGAGCCCCUUUGCUCCAUCUAAGACAGAUGUCGACCUAUGCCUAGUCACUUCAUGUGAGUACCGUCACCCUAAGACAGAACUGUCCCCAUCUUUCAUCAACCCUAGCCCUAUGGAAUACUUCAUUAAUGAAGAAAACGCCAGGGAGGAGGAGAAGCUUCUGACCAAGUCAGCAGGAGGGCCUCCACCUCCAGGUGGUAAGCUUUCCGUGAAGCAGUGUGAGGAGACCCCUCCCACAUCCAUCAGUGAAUCCGCUCCCUCCCAGACAGACUCAGAUGUUCCACCAGGGACCGAGGAGUGUCCCUCCAUCACAGCAGAUGCUAACAUUGACUCUGAAGAUGACUCUGAGACUCUGCCUACCGACAGAACGCUGACUUAUCGGCAUGCAGAUCCUCCUCCGGUGGCACUGAAGGACUCCGCUCCAUCUUCAGGCCACCAUGAUGUCUGCAUGGUGGACCCAGACGCCCUCAAGGCUGAAGAAAACCUCCACAAUGCUAAUGCAGAUGGAGGAGAGAAUCCCAAGAAGAAAAAGCUGAUCAAGAAGUCUUCCUCACCUGCCAGGAAGACUACUCUAUCAAAAGUAAAGGACACCAAGACUGCCUCUCCGAAGAAGAGUGUCGGGGAAGGGAAGGACGCUAAAAAUGCAACCAAUACCUCUGCAUCCAGAGGUGUUAAAAGUGCCACAUCAGGUACUGGCAGUGGAAAGGUAUCAGGUGGGGCAGCUCUGCCCAACUGUCCUCCCAUGUACAUGGAUUUGGUUUACAUCCCUAAUCACUGCAAUGCCAAGAAUGUGGAUGCUGAGUUCUUUAAGCGGGUGCGCUCCUCUUACUAUGUGGUCAGUGGCAAUGAUCCCACUGCUCAUGAGCCCAGUAGGUCAGUCCUUGAUGCUCUGCUGGAAGGAAAGGCUCAGUGGGGAAACAAUUUGCAGGUCACUUUGAUUCCAACCCAUGACACUGAUGUGAUGAGGGAGUGGUACCAGGAGACCCACGACAAGCAGCAGGAGCUCAACAUCAUGGUGCUGGCCAGCAGUAGCACUGUCGUCAUGCAGGACGAGUCCUUCCCCGCAUGCAAGAUAGAGAUGUAGGCUCUAUCUUGGAGAUCAGGAGGUCUACUGACAAUGAGAGGCAUCAUUAUUUGAGGAACAAAACAUGUAGCACUGAAACUUACAAUUAAACACUUAUAUGCUCAAAAGCUACUACUAAACCCUGAGAAAAUAAAUAUGUACAAUGAGAACUAACACAAAGUCUUCAUGCAAGGGACAAUGCUUUCUAUAUAAAGUAAGACAUGUAAUCUGAUUUGUAGGUAUAAUUCGAUAGUGCCGGGAGGAAAUUAGAAACCAACAAAGCCAUGAUUGUCCAUUUAUGCCAACUCUAACAAGUAACUCUGAUGUUGUUGUCGAUUUAUUGGGUUUCUUCUGCAUCCCUAGAUCAAAUAGACAGAUGUCAAUAAAAAAAACAUCCCUGCAUAAUGAUAUAUUCUUGGAUAAUGGCUGUUAUCCACACCAAAGGAUAAAACAAAAUGUUUUCUGUUAUUGCCUUAGGGAGUCAAAUUGAAUGUAUAAGAAAUGGUACAACUAGCAGAGUGGGCCGCUAGCUCUUCACACCAGAGGUCAAUCCCAAAAACUGCUGUUAAAUGGUUACAUAGUCGAAUGAUGGUGGAUGAAAUAACUUGAAAGGAUACUCAACACUGAUUACCAUUAAUAUGAUGUCUGACUUCAUAUUCAUCACGGGGGAUACAAAGUGCCCCCUACCAUUUUGAAACCUUAUGUUUUUAAAGUGGGCCGGGUAGUAUUUGAUUUAAAAUGCAUGUCUUAAAAUCUGCUUCAUGUUGCUGCUGAUGUAUGAAUAUUAAUUUAUUAUUUGUAAUAUUGUGCUUGAUUGUCCAGAUAGCCUUUUACACUGCACAACAGGAAGCUGCUUCAGAAUGCUCUCCCUUGCCUUUUGUCGUGUAAGGCCUUUUAUUUCAGAUUGUCUGUUUUAUUUACAUAUUUUAUGUUAUUUCACGAAGAGAAAAUCUGAAUUUAUUUAUUAUCCUUCUUUUUUUUCAUGUAAUCCUUGAGCUAUGGGGGAGCUAGCCUUUUCCCAUUGUAAAGCUGGUGAGGCAGGAUAUUUUCAUAGACCUUAAAUGUCUUGUUUUUCUAAAGCAUUGUACUAUAAUUAUAAAUAGCUUUGUGGCUGAUGGAGUGGUUGGAAGACAUGCAUGAUGCGUUAGAAUUUGUAAUUUUUUGUCCAUGGGGAUUUUGCUCAGACUUGCAUUAACAACAACAGGGCUAAGCUACAUAAAUACAUGUAAGGAGCAUUUUAUAAUUUUUGCAAGUUGUGCGAUAACAUUACUACAUUUAACUCGAAUGGCGUACAAAUGUGCACUGUAGGAACAUAAAACAUGAUUUCGGGUUUAGUACAGUGGAUUUUCAGGUUGAAUAAUUAUUGAGACAAAAGAGUGUAUGCUCUUUAGCCGGGAUGAAAGGAUAACAGCUUAGAGUAGAGGUGUAGUUUUGAGAGGGGCCGCACACAGAGGCGAGAGUGAGUGACUAAGGUGUUUUAAAUGAAAGUAUGUAAAACAAAGACACUUUAAACACAUACAUGACAAAACAAAACGAACAGUACAGAGGCCACAGGUGAACUUUGACUGGCCACCUUCUGGAGAAACAUUUAACAACUCAAUCAUUACAGGCUUUACUUGAUCACUAAAUAUUUCUGAAAUGUCAGGUGUUCAUAAUACCACUAUAGAUCGGUUUUCCUGCAGGGGAACCUUAAACCAACACCAUAACCAACAACAAACAUACAAACCGGACUGACAUUUCUCUAUCCUCUUUCUUCUAUCUCUUCACUCCCUGUCUUUCUCUCUGCCUUUUACUCCUUAUCUUUCUCUCGGGAGAACUUUACUAUGUCUGUCUGCAGCUGUGUGGUAAAAUUGUCUUGUGAUCUUGCAUCCUCUCUGCCCUUUUCCCAAACUCAUAUGUAACUUCUAGCAAUUAGUUUCAAUUGAAAGUAUUCCUCGGUGCUUUCUGAUGUUUGUGUGCAAUAUUUCCUCUACCCUUACGGCGAAUCUGAUGUAAGAGGAACCACUACUAAAGAAAAAACAUUAAAUAACAACCAAAAUAAAAUCUGUUGUGAAAAAAUAUG